AUGGCGGAGGCUGCCAUCCUGCGGGUGCGGCACUGCGGCGCCGAUAUCUUCUGCCGACGGCCGCCGCGGCUCUGUCCCGCCUGCGGCAUCCCCCUGCGCGGGGCCGGGCUGGCCGCCGCCCCCCUCCGCCUGCCCAGCCCCUUCCGCCACGGCCACCGGCAGCCCCGGGCCUUCCUGCUCCGGCCCACUACCGGCACCUUCCUCGGAGGAUACGACGGGAAAUCGGAUCUUCAUGUGGGAAUAACCAACAGUAAUGGUGUGGUAUACAAUUACGACCAAGAGGGCAUCCAGAGAGCUGAAACUGGAUGGGAACAGUGCAUCAGUAUCCCACUAGUACAGCCAGACAUGUUUGGGCUGCUCCAGCAGUGGGAUCAGCUCCUAGAGGAAUUCUCUGUGGGAGAGGCCUGGCUUCCUCACAGGUAUGAGGAGGAUGAGCACAACUGCUACACGUUCGCGCUGGCCUUCCUCAACAGCGUCCUGGCUGCAGAGGGCAAACAGCAGCUGAGCAAAAGGGAAUUCACUGAGAGGUUUGUGAUCCCCCAGACAAAGAGAGCUUCCAAAUACAUCACUCUGCAGCAGGAGCUCACAGCUAAGGACUUCUACAUCGUACCCCUCCCUGAUCCCCCCAAAGAGUGCUGAA